AUGUCACAACAAAAUGGUCCUACGGUCGAGUAUAAAGAACCAGCAAAGGAAGAAAUCAAAGAUAUGCAAAAACAACAAAUUGGAAACGGAUCUCAACCACCGCUCGCGCCGGGAAGCCAACCCCAACGCCCUCUAAGUCGAACAGACAGCAGAACAAGCUUCCCCUAUCGCCCGCCGUUCCCCAAUCAACAACCCCCAGGCGUGCCGCCCAGGCCGCAGCUGCCGCGACCGCCCCUUCAGCAGCAAUUCCCGCAGCGGGUCCCCGCGCCGCCGCCGCCCGGCCAACAACGUCCGCCCGGACUACUGCCCGGCGUCCCGCCCGGUCAGCCGUUCCCGGGGCAUCUGCAACGAGCCGGUUUCAGGCCGUCGUCGCCGUUUCCCAGGCCUCCCGUACCGAACCAGAGGCCUCCGGGAGUUUUCCAGCAGCGGUCCGUCCCGGCGUUCGGCAAUACGAGGCCGCCGAUCCCCGAGGAAGGCAUCGUCAGAAGCCAAACUCUGGAUUCGUCAGAGCUUGAACCUUCUAGAAUCGACGAUGGCAAAAGCGCGCCGCAGGAUUUCGUCAAGGCGCCCUCCAUAGCCGCUAUGAACAACAGGAGCUACAGCUUGAGCUCCAACGCGCCGGAGAUACACGUGGAUUCCAGGGAGGAAGCCAGAAGGAAGUCGGUUAGUAGCGUGGAUAACUACGGGGAGGGCAAGCCUCCGUCUAGGCCUUCGUCGAGGCAGGAUUCGUGGGGUUCAUCGGAUAAUUUGGAUAAGAAGGAGGAGGUGCCGUCGAGGCCGGAAUCGAGAUCGGCGUCGAGGAUGAACAAAAUCGUGGAAGACGAGGAUAAAUCGAGCUCGUUGACGGACGUGUCGCAGAAGAGCGCUGAUACUAGCGCGAAUUUGAGUAAGAACCACGCACCGGAUAGCACAUUGACUGCUGAUUUAACUGACAAGCCGCCCAGCGGAAGCCAACAAGACAAGACCACUAAAGAGAAACCUAACAAAAACGAUAAACAUUUAGAUCUUAACAAAUCGCCCAGAGUCAAGUCAUCGAAGAAAUCAGAAGGGGACAACGAUAGCGGCGUAGAUGAAUCCACCCAAGGAAACGAAUCGUCGACCAACGGCGACGUUAGAUCGCCGAGGAAGAAUUCCAAAUCCAGAACUUCGUCAUCGACGCCGGUAGCUAGGUCUUUAUCCAGAGGCUCCAAGUCGCCCAGCUUGAAGAGCCCCGAUUCGAACGCUACCACUCCAGGUUCGAUUUCAGAAAAGAAGAAAAUUCCGAUGAAUAAGGUUCAAGUGGGACACGCUCCUUCGCCGAAUUUGAAAGUGGUCAAAUCGAAGAUCGGCUCCUUGGACAACGCUAAUUACAAGCCCGGUGGAGGAAACGUGAAAAUAGAAACCAAAAAGGUCGAAAUUAAGGCCGCGCCGAGAAUAGAAGCCAAGAACGAUAAAUAUGUGCCUAAGGGCGGUGAAAAGAAGAUAGUUCACCAAAAAUUGCAAUGGAACGCAAAACCAAAAAUAGGGUCGCUAGAGAACGCCACGCACAAGCCGAAAGGUGGCGAUAAAAAAAUCGAAAGCAUCAAAUUGGACUUCAAAGAGAAGGCGAAGCCCAAAGUCGGAUCGAAAGAUAACAUCAAACACCAGCCAGGAGGAGGAGAUGUAAAGUCGGACGAAAAAAAGGAGGAUAAAGAUUUUGCUAUUGGUAAAUCUGAUAAUUUCAAAGAAUCCGAUAAAACAGAUCAAAAAGACAAAAUUGAAACCAAAAAGAUCGACUUGAAAGUUUCGAGCAAAAUCGGCUCUUUGGACAACGUAAAGUACAAGCCAGGCGGCGGUGAGAAAAAGAUUUUUGAUGACAAAGAUUAUUUGAGGCAGAUGUCGGCUGUGUCGAGCAUAGAGCAUUCUCUAUCUACGUCUCAAAAUUCGAUUCCAUCGCAACCAGACAAAACACCAGUUGCCGAUGAAAACCUGAACCGGGAACGCUAA